AUGAAUACUACAUGUGACCAUGGAUUGACCGCGCCUUCCCUCCCGCCUCCCUUCCCGUCUCGCACACGUCUCACCCUACUUAUUCUCCCCCCACUCCCUCUUUUCCCUCCCUCCGAUAAUCGCCUUCCUUCCCCCCUUUCCCUGCUUUUCCCCAUCCCCUUCCCUACUUUCGCCCAUCCCUUGCCCUGCUUCCCCCCAUCCUCUUCGCAUUCUUUCCCUUAUCCCCAGCCCUGCUUCCCCCCCUCCCCUGCCCUGCUUCACCCCAUCCCCUUCCCUGCUUCCCUCCAUCCUCUUCCCUGCUUCCCCCCAUCCCCCUCCCUGCUUCCCCACACCCCCUGCCCUGCUUCCCCCCAUCCCCUGCCCUGCUUCCCCCCAUCUCAUUCCCUGCUUCCCCCCAUCCCCCUCACUGCUUCCCCCCAUCCCCCUCCCUGCUUCCCCCCAUCCCGUGCCCUGCUUCCCCCCAUCCCGUGCCCUGCUCCACCCCAUCCCUUUCCCUGCUUCCCCAUGUCCCAUUCCCUGCUUCCCAAUGUCCCCUUCCCUGCUUCCCCAUGUCCCCUUCCUUGCUUCCCAAUGUCCCCUUCCCUGCUUCCCCCCAUCCCCUUCCCUGCUUCCCCAUGUCCCCUUCCCUGCUUCCCCCCAUCCCCUUCCCUGCUUCCCCAUGUCCCCUUCCCUGCUUCCCCAUGUCCCCUACCCUGCUUCCCCAUGUCCCCUACCCUGCUUCCCCAUGUCCAUUUCCCUGCUUCCCCAUGUCCCCCCCAUGCCCCCUUCCCUGCUUCCCCAU